UUUACGACAAGGCGAUUGCCAUCAUGGACACUGACGGUGACGGAAUCCUGGACUGUUUGUGGGCACGUCGAAAAGACUAUGACCCCACGGCCAAGUCUGUCACCUAUGUCUGGUCCAUCGCUGCGCCAGAUGGCAGUGAACGAAAAUAUGUUCCUUUCCACUUCACGGAGGGUGACACUCCAGACACCGUAAAAUUUAAUGUCAGCGCAGAUGGUGAUAAUGAUACUGGUAUUGCGAAAUUCACAUACACGGAUUACAAGAACUGUGCUAUUUUGGAGGUUCCACACUUUGGAGACCAAUGCACACUGUGGGUGACAGAGGAUGUGCAGGAUUCCAUUCCCGAGCACUGCCUCGAGCAGUUCGCCGACACUUUGUGGCAAUGGUGUAUCCCUUCACGACGCUGACAAGUGCAAGGGCGUGGACAUAUAAAACCAGUAGAAGACGUAAUUCCUCAAGCUCACGUCCACGUAUUUAAAGUUUGGGUAAUAGCAAUGACCAGCUCCUUCGGCUUUAGUAGCGUUAGGGUGCUGAUGUGCACAAUAUUCGUUCUUUUCUGUCAUAUUUAGUGUAAUCAAGAAGAAUAAAAAGCACAGC